AUGGCAGCAUUUAUACAGUGUGUAUAUUUUAUCUCGGCAGUAAUGCCAUAUAUAGUUGGCCAACUUAUCGUAAAUGCUAGAAACAAAGGCGGAGAAACAAUUGUGGAGAAAAUUGUCGCAAACACUUCUGCAGACACUGUUACGUUGGAGUUCCUCGGUUCGGACGGCUCGUUUGUGACACAGUUCAUAGAUUUUAAAUCUGAGGUACAGAUUUUUCGCAUAUAUAUUCUGGGGGAAGAGGAACUUGGACAGACCCAGCCUCAAGUUAUUUGCUUCAUCACUCGUUUCAUGAGGAGUGAUUUUAUUACUGCUGACGCCAUGUCCAAGCUUCGACAGAAAAAUCCAACGGCCAUUCGGACUCCAGAGGAAGAACGAGAGAUGAACAUAUACACGCUUGACUUGACCAUCAACCUGGACAAAGCCUACAUGAUCAGCCCAUAUGUGUUUAACAUCUGCAGCGAGGCUAAAGAUGGCAUCUAUGGUCAGGAAUCUGAUCUGAGAGCUAUAUCUAAGUCACUGGACAAAGAUUUUAUCACCCUCAUCUCUGCAGCAGCAGAACUGAUUCCAAACAAGUAUGGCAAGUGUCGGGACACGCAGGAUCUCAGUAAACCCUGUACCUGCCAGGUGCAUACAUGUAUCGGGUGGUACCCAUGUGGGUUGAAGUACUGCCGUGGGACAGACUCCACGGGAAAGGAGGUCAACUACAGGUGUGGGAUCAAGACGUGCAAGAGAUGUUUGGCUUUUGUUUAUGUGGCCAGCCCUAAGAUGAAGUGUCUGUGGGAUUUCUGA